GAACGCCGACGUCGACGCACGCCUCUCGUUUUCGCGCGCUUCUCGCACUUCUCGGUAAAUGCGCAAAAAAGCCAGCAACGAAAUCAAAUCAAAUCAAAUCGCAACGCAUGGUGAAUACAUGUCCGUUUUAUUAAUAGAUUCCGCAACAGCCAUAAAGCGCAUAUUUCGAAAGAGAUAUAUAAUAUAUAUACAUACAUAUAUAUAAAUAUAUGUAAUAAAGUGAGGCCCUCGAUGAAACAGUGUUGAUAAGAAGUGUACACACACAUGCACAGCGUAUAAAACUAAAAGAAUUCGCGGCGCGCGCGAGUUAGUUGCUAAUAUUGCGUAUACGCAAGGUCUGCCAAAAGUAAUACACAUCAACCUAAUUCAGCCUACCACAACAAAAAGGGGAACUCACAAGCAAACGGCAUAUCAAAGCGAACAUUUUCCAGUUGCGGAUUUUUUACACAGCGAGCACCGUACGCGCCUACAUGGAUUUAUAUAGCACAUUUACAGCAACCAAGGAUACUGAGACUUGGGCAGGAUAGCAGCGAUGCCAGCCAGCGGGUUGCAAUCUCCACCAGGUCGACAGGCAAGCGGCAUAUCAGGAUAAUACCAGGGACUCGGACAUCAUGGCUCCUCUAUUUGUCUAGUUGGCAAAUACCAGCGAACCGGGAACCAGGCCACACGCACACACCCCUCGUCGUACACUCGCUUACACACACACACACACGCACGCACCCGCUCACACGCUCAGACAAACAAGGACGUUUGCCAUUGUGCGCGUCAAGGACGUAGACACACGUACGAGCUUUGUUGCUGUUGUGCCAUACAAACAGACCAAAACCAGAGUCGCAAGUGGGCGUGCCAGCGGGUAGGCGGCCUCUGAUUAAAUAUACAUCAGUCAAGCGCAAGGAUCCUAAUUUCCAGCAGUUGUCCUGUGCAAAAGGACAUAGCACACGGACAGCGGACAGCGCCAAAACGGGACACUAACUUUCGAGCAGGGAAAAUGGCGCGACGCAAGGGCAGCGGUCGAGGCAAAUCUACGGUGAAUUCCCGCAAGAGUGCUUUGGAAUCGGUCCGAGAAAAACCGAAAGAUGAGCCCACUGCAAAUACGUCACAGGAUAAUAAAUUCGAUAAUAAUAUGGAAAAUGCAACCACCACAACGGCCAAGCAUUACAAAACCGCAGGCAAACAGUACAAGACCAAUAAAGUGAACAAUACGCGACGUGCCACAGCAGCAGCGGCAGCAGCAGCAGCAUCAACAACCACAUCAGUAACAACAGCAGCAACGCCAACCAAGAAGCGGACAUAUCGGGAAACUGCAACAGCAACCACAGUCACUCAGAGAUCCACCAACAAGGCCAACAUUGCAGCAGCGGCAGCAGUUGCACUGGCGGCAGCAACAGAGGCAACUGCAACUGCAUCAGCAACUGCAACUGCAACUGCAACUGCAACUGCAACAGCAACAGUAGCAACAUUAACAGCCUCUAAAGCGGCAGCAAUAGGAGCAGCAACAGAUGUUGCUGGUGGCAACAGCAGCACCAGCAGCAAACUCAGCGCAAGCUCACGAGAUAAGCUAGGCGAGGUGCCGCUGCCGACUGUUGACAGCGCGAACCACAUCAUCAGCAACAAUAAUAAUAAUAACAACACAAAUAAUAAUAACAACAACCACCACAGUGAUAAUAGUAUUAGUGAGAAUAGUUAUGAAUUUAAGAGUAGAGAUAAAGCAAGUCUAAGUGAUAGCAAAAUGACGCUACAACAGAUGGCAGCAGUCAGCAGCAACCAGGAGCCAGUGGCUCCUAACGUGGCCAACACGAUGAGCAACUCGAGCAUCAUCGGCAGCCAGCAGACCACCGUAAAUGCCACACCCGCCACCGAUGAGGCUCCGUUGGGGGAUUGGUCAAAUAUUUCACGCUAUCUGCACAAGAAGUUCAAACGUUUGGCCAGCACCACCGAGGUGGAGAGCGGAAACACGACGAAUGGCGGCGGAGCACUGCAAGCUAGCGGCGAUGCUGUUCGCACCACAUCGCUGUCUUCAAACAGUUCGCUUUCACCACCACCACCAACAACGCCGCUGGCCAACGGUCACCACCUGAUGACCCAACAGCAAAGCCACCAGCAAGUGCAGCAGCAGCAACAGCCGCUGCCGCCGCCGGUAGCAACACAUGAAUUCAGUGCCAAUUUUGUAAAUAGCAAUCAUGUCAAUGCCAUUGGUCAUGAGGAGAGCAUCAUCAGCAAUAGUGGCUACAAAGCGGCGGGAAGAACGCGAACGCCUCUCACCAACAGCAACAGUAACAGCAACACGAACAGCACCAGCAUCAACAGCAACCAUGCAGCACAUGCCACACUGUCACCGGCCUCAUUUGCGCAGCAUCAGCAAUUAACGCAGCCAACAACGGCAAGUCCUGGAAUUCCAGGCGGAGCAGCGCCAAAUCCUGCAUGCGAGAAGUCCGGAAGAUACGUUUGUCCAUACUGUAACCUGAUCUGUGCCAAGCCCUCUGUGCUGGAGAAGCACAUACGGGCCCACACAAACGAGCGGCCGUAUCCGUGCGACACGUGCGGCAUUGCGUUCAAGACGAAGAGUAACUUGUACAAACAUUGCCGCUCCAGAUCGCAUGCAGCCAGAGCUCGGGGCCUGGAAGUGCCAGUCGAUGCGGACGAUGGCUUGUCCGAUCAGGAUGCAGAGCUGAGCAACAGUAGUUCAGAGUUGCCGAGUCGCGCUGGUUCGCCUUACGACGAGCCCAUUAAUUCGCCCACACCCUCACCCUCCACUCUGUCUGCGGCCAAGAGUGCAUACAUCCAACAGCCUCCGCUGCCCACUUACAUGCAGCAAUUGCCUCUCGGCUCGCCGGCCGCAGGAACAUUGCCACCCACCACAGCGGACAAUCACCACUCGGCCACUGCCCAGCAUCGCCAGUCGAUCGACUACAAACCAUAUAAGCCCAAGUUCCACAAUGCCUCGUUGUACUCCUGCAGCAGUAAGGAGUUGCAGCAGCAGCAGCAGUUGCAGAUGCAGCAGCAACAGCAACAGUUUGCGCAGCAAAAGCUGUCCAUUCAGCUUCCUCUGGUGCAGCAGCCGUCACUGGCGCAUCCCACGCUUUCGCCAAGCACGCAAAUGAAGAUGAAGCACCACAUCAACUCGCAUCAGAUCCAGUUGCAAAUGCAGCAGCAGCAAUCCCUGUUGGCCCAGCAAUCACUGCUGGCCGCCAUGCCACCUGGCGGGGUGUAUUACCUGGGUCAACCUCCAUACUACAACCAAGAUACUGCGGCUGCCAUUCACCAGCAUGCGUUAGCCAUUCAGCAAUUCCAAAUCCACCUGGCACAGCAGCAGCAACAGCAGCAGCCACACCCGCCGUUGGUCAAGCCGCCACCACCAAUGCAACAACCUCCAAGUCUCCCGCCGCAACAGUUGGUGCGUGCCAAUAGCCAGAUUUCCAGUGUAGCUACAGCACCUGCCACUCCCACGCCCGCCGCCAAUCUCAGCAGUUUUGCCAGCUCAAGUGGUGGCAAGCAAGUAAAUGUGGCCAAGGUGCAGGAGCACAUUUCCAAGUUGAUCUCUCAAAAUGAAGCCAUAGUUGAAAACAAGGAGAUAUUGCUGCAGAAGAAGUACCCCAAGCAACUUAGUCGUUCCCGUAGUUUUAACAAUACCAACAGCAAUAAUGCUUCACAACACGGGAGCAAUCCGUCGGCAUUGCAUGCAAACAACAGUCACAACACUAAUGCACAGAUGCCAGAGCGCGAGACUAAAGCGAAUUUGGCACAGGCCAUCUUCCAGAAACAGCAACAACAGCUUCAGCAGCAACAGCAACAGCAGAUAACCCAGCAGCAGCAGCUCGAGCAACAGAACUACUAUACGUACAUGCAACAGCAACAGGAAUGCCAACAGCCACAGCAACAGCUAGAACCUCCAAAUGGGGUGGUUAAAAGGAAUUCCUAUAAGCCUGGGGUAAUGACGACGCCUGUAAAGCAGCAGCAGCAACAACUUCCUCCCCCGCCCUCCCCGUUGCCCAUGCAAACAAUGCAAUAUCGCCAGGACCCUGCCACACCAGUAGCAAAAAUUGAACAACCGACUACGGCAGUGCCUGUUAUGCCUCUUAAUUUAUCAGCGAAGCCACAACCAACUCUGGUAACUGUUCCUGUGAGUUCAUUGUCUACCAACUCCCUGCCACCGACUGCUACCAAUCCGACUAGUAGCUCGAAAACUGCUCCACCAUCUGCCCAGGUGAAUAACUCGAUAAUUAAGAACCUACUGCUUAAUGCUCGAGGAUUAGCCGUGCCGAUUGGCGAAGGCGAUGAUGCUGUUUAUUCGUGUCCCAUCUGUGCGAGCGAAUUUCGCAGUGCGGACGAUCUGAAGCUGCACAACAGCACUUACUGCCAGGAUGCGAGCUCCAGUGCCCCAAUGAGCCCAGCAUCUUCGCCCUUCCGCUCCAACUCUAUCUCAUUGAGUCUACCGGAGCUAAAGAGCCACAUGGCCAACUCCAAGAAUCCGUUGUCUCUGGCUAAGUUGGCCUGGUCGCAGUUAAAAACCAAAAGGAGCAGUUUGGUUUUAAGUCGCCUUAGUGCGGCACAGACACCAGCAAGGACAUCAACGGUAACAGCUCCCACUGUAACUCCUUCUGCCCCAGCUCCUGCUGUAGCCACAGUCAGUGCUCCAUCAUCAGCACCUGCCCCCCAGAUUGAAGCUCUGCGCUUUGUGGAUGCACCUCUACCAUCGCCUGGUCCAUUAUUGGGAAAAACUCCCUUAGUGGACUAUGCUCAGCAAAGUGCACCGCGCAAGGCCCAGGAUUCUGUGGUAAUCACUAAAAUGCACGAGGAUCGGCAAUUCGUAAUUGAAGCUCAGCCCGCCAAACGCAUCAAGACUAGCGAUUUGACGGCUGCAUCCUCCUCUCAGCAACCGACAAGUUUCAACUUUUCCUUCAAUAACCAGAAUAGCAGUAAUGGUGUGCCGGAGUUGCAGUCCUCCAAGGAGGAGCGACUGCGCAGAUUCACCUCCUCGGGAGGCAGCAUGAUUCCUAUUUCGGAGUGCCCUGACUUGGACAACAGUCCCAAGAUGAUCAGAACCCCGUUGCUGUCCGGUGGAAGCUUCCAGGAUGUUUCAAUCAAAGUCAACAACGAAACAGGAUCCUCCAGUAAGGAGCGCAAGCUGAUGGCACUGGUCAGUGGCAGUGGACUUCUCGGCCUUAGUUCAGGUCCGCAGCACUUUCAAUUUCCGCCCAUUAAUUCGAUAACUGCCUUCAAUCCGCUAACGCUGCCACCGAUGAGCGGUGGAGAUAAAAGCACUCCAGUAACACCAAUACCUCAUGUGCCUGGAAUGCCAGGACCCGGUAGUCUGACACCACAAAUGCCGCUACUGCCGCCUCCACCUCAGCAGCUACAGUUACCAGUUUCCUCUAGUCGAGGUCGCAGUCCAAAUCGAAAGCAACCCAGCCCUCUGCUGUUGGGAGGAGGAUCCGGUGAACUGAAGGCCCUAUCGCCAUUUGGCGGAGUUCAGAAUGUGCCAAGCGAAUUCAGUCGGCAGCCACCAACUCCAGCCCAGCGACAGGCUCUGCAAUGGAACAGCAAGGAGACACCGAAGAAAACACCAUUUAACUUUCUCCGCAUGGCUGAUAAUCUGAAGACCUCUGAACCUGAAGUACGGCACUUUAAUCUGGAAAAUGUUAUUGCUGGGAAACCUCAAGAGUUGCCUCUAACACCACUACAUGUUGAUACUCCUAACGGAAACCCUGCCGAAGAGGCCGGUCCAGUAGCCAGUUCCUCAUCAUCGGCUAAGUCCAAGUUUCUGCGGCCCACUAGUUUGCCACUAAAACCUGGUACCUUCACUCCUAAACGCCAUCAUGGCAUUACACCGACAGCCAAUACAUUGCCGCUGAUCUCGCCGGAGACCCCCAGGCCGUCCAAAUCCUGUGUGCAACUGUAUCUCAACGGACAUGCCUACACAUAUCUCGGCCUCAAAUGCAGCACAAAGAUGUUUUACUGUACGGUGAACUGCCCACAGCCUUCGUAUGUCGCCGGAAUGCACAAACUUUCGAUGUAUAGCGUUUGGCAGGUAUGCGAGGAGAACCAGCCACAUCCACUUGGAUUCAAACUAAAGCAAGUUAUGGCUCUCUACGACUCCCGUCAAAGGAUGUUAGGAAAUGGCAGCUCCACCGCUAUGGCUGGAUCGGGAAAACUUAGCUACAAUUUAGUCGCUUCGCAGCAAAUCGUGUCCUCCCCCUCGACGUCCUCCGCCAGCAGUGCCUUCUAUCAAGGGCCCCUAAAGGCCCCACCCACUGUCACGAUUGCCGCGCUCAGUGAGGCAAAUGUGGCGGCCAAGGCGAAUGAGGAGGCACAGGCCAAAAAGUUAGAGACAAGUCCGUCUGGGCAGCCCCUGGUGGGUGGCUACGAGUCUCAUGAGGAUUAUACGUAUAUCCGGGGCCGAGGAAGGGGAAGAUAUGUGUGCUCCGAGUGCGGAAUUCGCUGCAAAAAGCCGUCGAUGCUUAAGAAGCAUAUUCGCACUCACACGGAUGUGAGGCCAUUCACAUGCAGCCAUUGCAACUUCAGUUUCAAGACGAAGGGAAACCUGACCAAGCACAUGCAAUCUAAAACUCACUUUAAGAAGUGCAUUGAACUGGGUAUAAAUCCGGGACCAAUGCCACCCGACAGCGAGUUCUUGGAUGUUGAUAUGGACUUUGACCAGCAGUCAUCCACUUCGGCAGGAGGACGCACAUCAUCGAUGGCUGGGGAAUCUGAUUCCGAUGACUACAGUGAUAACGAAUCUGAGAGUAGUGAUACGGAUGAGUCCAAGUCCCGACUAAAAGAGCACGAAGCUGCCAGAGGCCUGCUCUCGUUAUCAAUGACGCCUCCAAUUCCGCAAAGCGUAUCGCCUUAUCCACAGUUGCAGGAUACACCCCUACCAGCGGCUAGUCCUGCCAACAGCAUUGGCUCUUCCGGCUCGCAGCCUAAGAGAUUAGUGUGCUCGUUCACUUCGCCGAAGCCACCUUUUGACUACCAGAAGCAGGAACAGUAUUACUCCAAUCCGGAGGAGUCCAAACCGAAACGCAGUGUGGCCAGCGAGGAGAGUGCUCCCAUGGAUCUCACUAAGCCGCGCGGCUCCAUCCUAUCAAUUUCCCCCUCACCUGUUCCGCAGCCCGCCCAUGAUCUUCCCAAAUCGCAGGCCCAACAGAUGCACGAUGUUAUCUUCGGCACCUCCGGCAACGAAAGCGGUUUCAUGAAGACUCUGAUCUCGGUUUCGGACAAAGUGCGGAUAUCUGCCGAAAUGGAAGAACAGGCCAAGCACGAGGCGGAGGGUGAGGAUGUUCAACUACAGACCUACAUAAAGGAGCAUGCACUGCAUCAAGCCAAGAUAAAGCAGAGUCAGUUCAGCCGCAGCUAUCUGAUCAACACUCUAUACACAGCAGCAUCGCCUGUAAUCAGCAGUAGUAGCACUCUCUUUACCACCAACAGCAGGCCCGUCAUGAGUGUAAAUGAGGUUCCUAGCAUCGAAGUUCACGAAGUAAAGACACCAGAAGCCACUGAACCACCUCGUAGUGCACCUGUAAUGGCUGCAGUUAUUCCAACAUCACUUCCUGCUCAGAUUGGCCAGGAAGAAAACGAGGAGAACGAGAUCAAACCGGAUCAGGAGAAACCUAAUGUCGCGGAGCCACACAAUGCCAAUUUGCCUGCUGCAGUGCAGCAACCGGAUGUCAAUGAUUUUAGUGGAGUACUUGGAAAUCCGCCUGCACCACCAGCAGCAUCUGUAGCUACUUCAGUAACCACAACAACAGCUGCACCUGUCCCCCCGUCAUCCACUGCCAACUCAACUCAGCCCACCCAGCGUACUGUGAUUGUGGGCGAAGAUGGCUUCAAAAGCUCCACUCCCACUAGCAAGAGCGCCGAUCUCCAGCAUGUAUCCUAUGGCAGAGGAGUGCCGCCAGCACCCAUUGCAGGCGAUGCGCGUCCCACCUGUACCAUCUGCGCCAAGACGUUCCAGCGGCAGCAUCAGCUGACCCUGCACAUGAAUAUUCACUACAUGGAGCGAAAGUUUAAGUGUGAGCCAUGCAGCAUAUCCUUCCGCACGCAAGGGCAUCUGCAGAAGCACGAGCGAUCGGAAGCGCACAAAAACAAGGUUAUGAUGACGUCGACUUUUGGCGUGCCAACCACCUCGAACCCGCGACCCUUCGAGUGCACCGACUGCAAGAUCGCCUUUCGCAUCCAUGGGCAUUUGGCCAAGCAUUUGCGCUCUAAGACGCAUGUUCAGAAGCUGGAAUGCCUGCAGAAGUUGCCCUUUGGAACCUAUGCAGAAAUUGAACGUGCAGGUAUUAGUCUCACUGAAAUCGAUACAAGCGACUGUGAAAACUCGUUGAUAUCACUAAAGUUGCUGGCCCAAAAACUGCUAGAGAAGGAUCCUAGUAAGCUCAGUAGCUACACCACACCCUCUGGCAUGAUGCAGCUGGCCCAGGAUGCAACAGGUCCUGUCUCGCAGGAUAGUGCGUCCGAGGAUGGCUUUAGUGCCGCCAUUGCCUCGGCUAUAGCUUCGCUGGACAACGACAGUGCUGGCAACACACCCAAGAGAGCCAGCUCGAUGUCCGAGGAUGAAACGGUGGCCAAUGGCCUCAACAAUAGUCUGAAGCGUCGUUUACCGGGCAGUUUCAGCAGUACGGGCGAGGAGAGCGAUAAUCCACCGGAAAGCACUGGCGAAAAGCGGGCUCGUUCUGGCCAGGAGCUGCCUGUUCCCGUGGCUGCUUCAGCAGCGGCAAGCAACUGACAGUACAUGUACAUGCUGCAGCCCAGCUGAGGUUAUCAGUAUCCCGCGGUCUACCACCGGGACACCGGUCAGUACGGCAUCUACAAUUCCAGGAUCGAGAGCCGCCAUGACCAAACCACCUCCAACGAGCGCAUAUCAAAUGUCUAAGCAUAUCGCAUUUGGGCACACACACAACUUAUUCUAGCUAGCCUAUAAGACCCACCACUCCUUGAUGAUAGGCCCAACUAAUAUUGGGCUAAUCGCGGGUAGUAAUCAAACGAUAGGGGAGCCAGAUAAGCGAGUCACCUAUUCCAGUGUAAACACUCUAGGGGGAAUACCCUAAAAUAAUCUUAUACAAAGCCUUUUACGGUGUUAAAAGGCAGUCACCCCACACAGAUCGUUUCGAACUGAGUCUUAAGUAUUUAGGUUAAGGAAUCGUCAUCAGCUAGCCCUAGUUAUAAGCCAACCAACAAGCACACUUAUAAAUCUAUAUUACUAUAUAAACACUAAACCAUAAUUUGUUUUCGAAAUGCAUAAAUGCAAAAACUUCUGAUGUGCUGUGAGUCUAUCUACAAAUGUAAAGAUCCGAGAGCGAGAAAAGUGUGUUAUUUUUAAGGCCUAGCCCCAAAAAUAAACCCCCAAACCGAACCAGAACCCCCACAGAAAGUAUAUUGGUUUUCUAUGCCCAGAUCCAAAUUUAACCAUCUGAAAAAUCACGUAGUUCUUCCUUAUUUCAAAUUGUUAUCACACCAAGUUUUAACGAGCAACUAAGAGCGGUGAAUGAAAAAUUAUGUAUACACCUAGUUUGGUUUUAAUUCUUUAAACAACGAGACCACGAGACUCAUUUAAUUGUUUGUUUUAAUUUUGUAUUUGGCAGAAGAGAAACGAAAUGAUGAAAAAUUGCUAACUGUAAAUAAUCAAUAUGUUGUCAUAUAUGUAUUAAGCGGUAGGUUAGAUAAACAAACUACACAAAGUUGAUAGAGA